GUACGGUAGAGCUGCGAUGCAUUGUGGGACAGAAAAUAAAGAUGGUAGCGGGCAUAGAGAGCAUGUCGAAGCGACGAUAACAUAUAUUUUUAUCAUUAUAUCUUCGACAAUAAGUAUUUACUUCUGUUGCAAAGUGAGAAUCAUCUGAUGCAGGACUCCUGUUGAGCACGGAAACAGAAGACUGAAGAUGUUUGCGCUCGGAGGUUUGUUGAGAGUUGGAUCGACCUUCUUUCAGUCUGCGGGAACUCUGCUCCUCCCAGCCAGGACCAUUUCUACAGGGACUUGCUGCCAGUACAGGAUGAAUGCUAUCCCUCAGCCUAAACAAGUGGACAGGUGGAACGAGAAGAGGAGCAUGUUUGGAGUUUAUGACAACAUCGGCAUCUUAGGGGACUUCAAAGCCCAUCCUAAAGACCUCAUUAGGGCCCCCUGCUGGCUGAAAGGUUUCAGAGGUAAUGAGCUGCAGCGCUUGAGUAGAAAAAAGAAGAUGGUGGGAGACAGGAUGAUGACUCUGGACAGACACAACUUGGAGAAGAGGAUCAGAUUCCUCUACAGACGCUUCAACCGCACUGGAAAGCAUCGCUAACGCUGCAACAAGCCCAACAAGGACUGCCAGUGAAUUCAUCAUAUCACUGUGUUAUGCUGAUCAAAUUAGAAAAUAACUUGCAGCCAUUGUGUACGUUUAGUUUUUUGACCUAAUGAAGAUCGUUCAAAAGCCUGGAAGUACACCGAAAAUACAUCAUAAGAUGAUAAUUAAAAUGGGUUUUUACACUUGCAUUCAUUUUAAACUUGAUUUAAAACACUGGGUUUGUAUUCCUUGAACUGUUUCUGUACCCAUUUGUGACUUCAUCGGUAAUUCUGGCCAUUCUGCUCCAAAUCAAUGAAGAAAAAUGGACGCAUUUUUCCUGACUCUAUAGAAAGUGAUAAAAUUAGGCUGCUCAAAGAC